AUGCAGGCGAUCUUGAGCUUCCGUCGCCUCAUCACCUCGUCACAACAACCUCCCUUAGCCAUCAAUAGCCAUCUCGCCAUUGGUUCUUCCUCGACAUCAGCCCCAUCGUCAUCACCAAGUCCACUAAGCAUUUUCAGCUGCCGGUAUCACAAUUACCAAGCGCCGAAAUCGACUAUCUUCUCUUCCGCCGCCCGCGAGGUGGUGACCGUGGCCCAAGAAGAGAAGGACCUCAAUUUCGUAGACAGGCCUGGAGCCGGAGAACCAGGAGAGGGAUACAGUGCAGGCCCGGGGCCGUCAAGGAUGCAGAAGCUUGGAGACAACAACAACAAUGUAGCAGUGGAGUUCAACCAUGCAGAUGAUGCCAUGGCCCAGGCCGGAGCUGGGCCUAGGCUGUGGGAAGCCGGGAGGGACGGCUCAGGCUUCAAAUAUUGA